ACACAAACACAGCGCCAAUACAUAGAAAACCGUAUCAACAUGAAAUGGCAACAGUUUAUAUUGCGUCGUGCGUAUCGGCCGAACGAAGAGUCACUUACAAUCGCUAAUUGAUUCAGAGCUGUAUAGACAGAGGGUGCACAGCAAAUUUUAUUGUGUCGUAAUUGUAAAGUAAUGUAAUUUUUCUAUAUUUUCACCAAAAAAAAGCUAAAAAAAAUUGUGUAGAAAUGGCAAUCAAAGGAUUGGAACCAUUCAUAAAAAAAAAUCCCAAGGAAAAGAUCGCAAAGGAUAUAAAUAUCCGUGAUGAAAUCAAAGGCUGGCGAAAGAAACAUAACACCGUGCCAACGAUCGUCAUUUAUCUCAAUCAUUUCAUACAAAUCUUGGCAAACAUGGACAAAGGUUCGAAUGACUUGAUUCUGGGUGGUCGGUAUGCAAUUUACAAUGAGAAAGUCAAAUGUUUCUUCAAUGAGCUGACGGCGUGUGGCGCAAACUUGGUGUUUUUCUGUCGGCCUUUCUUGAAUGAUCCGAAAGAGAAUUUGAUUUCAAAAGCAUUUGCACUCGUUGAAAGGAAAAAUUUGACAAAGUUUCGGAAAAUUAAGGCAGAAAUUGCGAAUUUUUUUUUCAUAUGGCACCUUGACAAACGAUUUUUGUACAAUUUGGUCAACAUUUGUGCAGACUACGGUCCAGUUUAUACUCAGCUCUUUGGAUUUUAUGCCAAAAUCACUGAGUAUGCAUCCGAUCCAUCCAAUCAUGUACUGGCUAUGAUUCAACAUGAUACUGACUUUUUGCUGUGUGACAGCAAUUAUCAGUACUGGAGUUUGGCCGACUUGGAUUUCGAACGACUCACAACAAAGAAAUACUGUCGCGACACUUUGUAUCGACGGCUGCGCCUGACUACACCAGAGUGCCAAUUGGUUGCUGGCAUAUCGAGAGUGCGAAGUAAAGGUUAUAUAACAUUUCUUCGAGAGAAGAUUCAAAUCCGAGGCAAGGACAACGAAAUCGCCUUCUUCAAGUGGGCUCAUUACGUUAAGAAUCUGAAAAUCGGAAGCAACGGAUGGAAUGCAGGCCAUUUGCUCCAAAUUAUCUACGAUAUUUAUGGUAAUAAAUAUGAUUGUUAUGAAGAUAAUUUGGAAGUUCUUCAACAAGAACUAUCUCGAUACAGACAGAAUGAAAAUGAGCUCGACAAAGUUGAACGCAAUUCGUAUGAUUUUGUAAAGUUCUGCAGUGAAAAUCUGUAUUUUGCCUACGGUUUGAUCAUGGAAGAUGUUACGACAAAUCAAGCAUUGGCAUACAUUGACUUGAACAAAGAAGACUCGUUGCGGUACGUCGAUUUGGCCAUCGCUAUACUUCUGAAGCAAUGCGGCAUAUUGCUCAAGGAUCGUGAAAUUGAAGCACGGCCUCAGACACGCAUGAUUAAAAUAAAGCGACAAAUUGAUGAAAAUGACAAGCAACGACUUGGUUUUGAAGCGAAAAUUAUUUAUCCACCGAUGCCAUUGCCGAGUCUCGAGAAUCUGAUAAUGCGCGAGGAUGUCUCGUCGUUCGAUGAAUCCCGGUGGUCACUCUUCGGAUGGAUUUUGGAGUUGAAUGAAGAAUGUAUUUCUGCUAUAAAGUCAUCGAUUGACUCAAAAUACAUACGGGCUGUUCUAUUUACUUUGAGGCUCUUACGGAAGCACUCAUUCAUCACAAUUGAUGAAGCUGAGGUAAUUUUGCUCACCGAAUCGGAUGGUCAAAGUAAAAACAGAGCUGCUGUUUUUUUGCCAAACAGUUUUCGCGUCAAAGGAUCAUGGAUUCAUACGGCACAUAAGUACACCGUCGCAUUCGAAACGGUCUGCCACUGUCUAGAGAUAUGUGGUUUGCGCAAAGAAACGGACCUUAUUCAAUUCGACGCAUUUGAAUUCCAUGAAAAUAUGCACCAAGCAGAACAAAGUCCCAACGAUUUCACAGGGAAUCUCAAACAAAUACAGAACAUUCGCUUGUUCUGAUUUCUUUCGCCCAUUUUUGAUUUGUCUAGAGACAUAGUUCGACACGAUCAAAUUGUUGUUGAACGAAAAUCGAAUUUACUCUUAAACUGAUAAUAAUUGUUCCAAAUAAUCUUUUUCAAUUUAUCGAAGCCAGAUCAUGAAUUUCCAACGCUAUGAAGCGCAAUGGUAAUAUAUUCAGCAAUUCCAAAACCUUUAAGAGUUGCUUUUGUCCCUAUCGGAAGUUCACUGACUUGAAUCAUGAAUAACGUUUGAAAUGUCAUUUCUUACAGACAUUUCUGCAUUUUUUAUACUUCCAAACUAAACCGUAUAGAUGCCGUUAGAGCAUGCAUUGCUGAAUAUUUUCCAUUUAUAGCGCAUAUUGUUGUGAAUUUCUAUUAAUUGAUUUGUCGUAGAAUGUAUCGCGUUUCAGUAAACUGCACAAUGAAGUGAGUGAUAAUGCUAGGAAUCUGUCGCGAUCAAGCAGUUUGAUGAAAUUGCAAUCCAUGAACUUCAAGCAUGCUUAUUCCAAAUUAUUCAGUGAAUAUAACGCGGCUGCAUUCAGAAUUGAUCCGCAAUUGUCCAACGUCAGAUUGGCCAUCGAGUAAUUCAAAAUGAUCUUCUUCAUCGAUUCACUGAAGCCAUAUUGCUCGGCCAGAUCAUAAACUUCGAUGAUUUGAUGGCUUUCCAAGCCGGCCAGCUAUAGGCAACCAGUAUGCAUGUAUUUCAUAAUCGUGUUCAAUGGACAUUUUUCAAUUUGCCAGAGCAACAAACUACAAAAGAACUAAUUAAUAAAAAUUCGAUUGGCUUAUAUUUAUUUGAUACGCUAGAGCGUUCAACUACAUUUGUCCUUUUCGAGAGUCGAUUUUUUUUUUCAUUAUACACUGUGCUAGUAUUAGGUACGGCUCCAGAAAAAGAUCAAAACAUAAGCUACACUUGAUUUUCUAUUGGGCAAUAGAAAUUUAUUUCAAUAUUGAAUUAAUUUGUAUAUUUUGAAUUGUUCGUAUCAGUCAAUGACAGAUGGCUGAGGAUAUAUGCUGAGCAUAGAAACUCAGCAAGCUGAGAUUGGGAUAUUUUGACUUUGUGACGUGCUAUUCAAACCAAUUUAUGAUGGAGGGGAGUUUGGAACACAUUUUCCAUUACACUCCAUCAACACUCCACCAAAAUUCCACAUAAAUUUGCACGAAUAGCAAGUCACAAAAUCCAAACGUCCCAAUCUCAGCUUGCUGAGUUCCUAUGCUCAGCAUAUAUCCUCAGCUAUCAGUCAUUGACUGGUUCGUAUGCUGUAUUUACCAAAUGAUGUUUACAUAAUAGUCAGAUAUAUGGAGUAUUGUACUUUAAUUUAAUUUAAAUAAAAGUAAAUUUCAAUAUUCUUUGAAA